AAUAAUUCGUUCACCACAUCACCCACGACUCUCGGUCACUCAUACGUUCACCACCUUCCUCCGUCACUGCGUCACUGUCCCUUCCUCCACCGGCGUUCCGCCGCUCACUGUGCCUUCACUCGCUCACCGUUCCUUCUGCACCGUUGGCGUCGCCCACCACUGUCAAAUACAAUUUUCGCUCACCGUUCGUUCUGCAUCGUUGGUGUCGCCCGCCACUAUCAAGUUCAAUUGUCAAGGCUAUAGCUUCUGAUUUGGUGUGGGAUUUCCAGUCCAAUCAUUAGGAAGACAGAAAAACGAAGAGGAGCUUCGGGAGUGAAUCACUGUUAUGUGUUUUCACUGAGUCGGUAAGAACAAACGAGUGAACGAGUCGAAAAGCAAGUAACUGUACUGCAUGGACCCUUUGGAAGCUUUGGUCGCUCAAAUCCAAGGGCUAUCAAGCACUUCUAGCGAUGUCAAUCGCCUCCAUAGUAUUUUGAAACAAGCCGAUGACUUGCUCCGAUCCAAGUCAACUCGCCUCCCCCCGCUUCUCACUCAACUCGACCCUUCCAUUCACUCCCUCGGUUUUCUCUACAUCUUAGAUGCCUACAUGACUAGUCCGAUCACCAAAACGCAGGCUGAGACUGCCGUUCCAAUCGCUACCAGGUUCAUCGGCGCUUGCAGCGAUCAAAUUCGUUUGGCCCCUGAAAAAUUUUUAUCUGUGUGUAGGAGGUUGAAGGAUCAAGUGAUGUUGUUGGAAACUCCAAUACGAGGUGUGGCUCCUUUGUUCACUGCACUUCGGAAAGUUCAGGUCUCUGCAGAGCACCUAACUCCCCUACACUCAGAGUUUCUUUUGCUUUGCUUGUUGUCAAAGUGCUACAAAACUGGUUUAUCCAUAUUGGAUGAUGAUGUUUUUGAAGUUAACCAUCCAAGAGACUUUUUUCUCUACUGUUAUUAUGGAGGAAUGAUAUGCAUUGGAAUGAAGUGCUUUCAAAAAGCAUUGGACCUUCUGCACAAUGUUGUAACUGCUCCCAUGUCUGUCAUUAAUGCUAUAGCUGUGGAAGCGUACAAAAAGUAUAUCCUGGUUUCUCUCAUUCGUAAUGGGCAGUUCUCUACCAGUCUUCCUAAGUAUUCUUCUUCUGCUGCUCAAAGGAACCUGAAGAACUUCUGUCAGCCUUAUGUCGAAUUGGCAAAUACUUAUGGGAAUGGAAAAAUUGCAGAAUUAGAGGCUUUCGUCAAGACAAAUGAGGAGAAGUUUGAAUCUGACAGCAACCUUGGACUGGUUAAGCAGGCUGUAUCAUCCAUGUAUAAGCGGAAUAUUCAAAGAUUAACCCAAACAUACUUGACCCUUUCUCUCCAAGAUAUAGCCAACACAGUGCAGUUAAAUAGCCCCAAAGAAGCUGAAAUGCAUGUGCUACAAAUGAUUCAGGAUGGUGAGAUAUAUGCUACUAUCAACCAGAAGGAUGGAAUGGUGAGAUUCUUGGAGGAUCCUGAACAGUAUAAAACCUGUGAAAUGAUUGAGCAUAUUGAUUCAUCAAUCCAGAGAAUAAUGGCACUCUCAAGGAAACUAACUGCAAUGGAUGAACAAAUUUCAUGUGAUCAGUUGUAUUUGUCUAAGGCCGGAAGAGAGAGACAAAGAUACGACUUCGAUGACUUUGAUGUUCCACAAAAGUUCAACAUUUAAGGUCAGACAAUAUAGGUUAUAUGUACGAGGCUAUGAAUGAUGGGGGAUGAACAGUGGAGAAGAUGGAAGAUCUUUCUUAUUGUCACUGUUAUCGCAAAAAUGACUCAAUUGUUCUUAUUCCUAAAACCCUACAUUUUUUUGGUAGGAUUUGGAAGGUUGUUCUUAGAAUUCAAGGCAUGAUAAAUACAAUUCCUGUUGAUAAUCAAUUAAGAAAUUAGUACAGUAUAAAUAUUGUGAAUUAUGGUGAUGUUACUCAUCAGAAACUAAUGCAAUCUCUUGAUUGAACAAAGAAACA